AUGCCUGACUUGCGGAACUUAGAUGGUGCCGUUAUUGAUGAUAGCGUGAUCCCGUUUACCGGUGCGCAUACCAACUACGUGGAACCACCUCUUAAUGUGGAUAACGCAAUAACUGGGACACAGUCUUCAAUACAAAGUAGUAUGUCAAAUAUAAAUACGACACAAAUUAAUUUUUCACCUAUUUUUUCCACAAAUGUUGCUGCGACUACAAAGAUCACAUCUGCUCAAUAUUCAUCGCAUGGUUUAUAUCGAAUUUCGUCACAUUCUUCGCUGCCUUUUGGGUCCGGAGGCGUGGACAUGGCUAUGAAUCAACCAACAGCAUAUGCGGGCUUGCCUAAGGAACAUAACCACGUGGGGCUCUAUAACAAACUGCCUUCAGUUGUAGGUGGACCCCAAAUGAACUCUACAUUUGCUCAUUCAUCCGCUUGCGUGUUUGGUCAGAGCCAGCACGUACCAAUGAGUUCAGUUUAUACGUCCACUUAUGGAGGAAGCGUCUUUCAAAACGCGCAACUACCUCGCGUCACAUCUUUGGUUAAUGGAGAUGGGUGCAGUGCUGCCACACAAUAUAACCCCUUCUCUCCUGCACGCAACUAUUUCGGGCAACCACAGGGAGGUUUUGCGCCCGUCAACGAUAGUACAUGGAGGCAGGUUCAGAAUAGUUCAGACGUGAGUUUAAACCCAUCACAUAUAGCGUCUAGACAGGCGAUAAGCAAAGAUUUGCCACCUUUCUCCGGGAGGCCAGAAGAAUGGCCAUUGUUUAUAACAAACUAUGAACAAUCAACAGAACGCUGCGGGUUUUCUGAACAAGAAAACUUAAUACGAUUACAAAAAUCACUGCGCGGUGCCGCUCUUGAAGCUGUUCGAGGAAAAUUGAUGAUGCCAUCUACAGUUCAUCUAGCCAUCGAAACUCUUCGUAUGCUUUUCGGGAGGCCAGACGUUAUACAUAACACCCUACAACGGAAAUUGAGACAGAUGCCAGCAGUGAGGACCGAUCGACUGAAUACCCUUAUCGAUCUCGCGUUGGGUGUACAAAAUUAUAGAGCAACCAUGCAAGCAUUAGGUCUGAACGACUAUCUCAACGACCCUAUGCUAAUCAAUGAGUUGCUGAGUAAACUUCCUGGAGAUAUGAAAUUAGACUGGGGUCGUCGUCGAAUGACCAUCUCAAGGGUAGAUGUCGUGGCCUUUGAUGAAUGGUUAUUUGCGCUGGCUUCAUGUGCAAGCCAGGUAACGCCACUUAAUGAAACCAACGGUAACGCUGCGGAAGAAAAGGUGUUAGGAAAGAGCAAUAGGCAAAGAGUUUUCGUGCACGACGAAAUCUCAAAGGAGCUUAGCACCACCAAAACGCGUAAUGAGGAAACUAAACAUUCCAUAGCUUGUUUUCUGUGCGGCAAAGAGCACAAUCUUGCCGAUUGUCCAAACUUCCUAGCAAAGAGCCGAAAUGAACGUUGGCAGUUAAUCAAGGACAAAAGGCUAUGCAUUCGAUGCUUUAAGUCCCACAUGGUUAGACGCUGCACCUCUAAGCAAGUUUGCGGGGUAGAUGGAUGUAGAAUGGUGCACAACCCACUACUACAUAGCCAAAAUGCUGCAGCUAAGACUAGUCGGGUAAAUACAAUCCUAGUUCAUCAACGUAAGUUUAGGAGAGCCAUUUUUCGUUACAUUCCGGUAAUAUUGUAUGGUCCUAAAGCCACGGUGGAGAUAUUUGCGUUAAUUGAUGAGGGAGCAUCAUGCACGUUGAUGGACAGUAAAUUGGCUGAGCAGCUAGGUCUCGACGGCCCUGGUGAAGACUUGUGCUUGAGAUGGACGGGCGACAUAACACAGCAGGAGGUAAACUCAAAGGUUUUAAACUGUGAAAUAUCUGCAAGAGAGAAAAAUUCUAGGCGAUAUCGUAUGCACAAUAUUCGAACAAUCACUGACCUUGAGUUACCGCAACAAACUCUCAACGCAGACACUUUAAAUGAGCACAAACACCUGAAGUCAUUGCCUAUUCUACCAUACACCGACUGCAAAGCGCGAUUAUUAAUAGGAUUGGACAACACGGCUAAACUUUGCGUACCUGUGGAGGUGAGUCAAGCUGAAGGUGAUGAUCUAAUAGCUGCGCGUUGUAAAAUAGGUUGGUCAGUAUAUGGUCAGGAUAAGUCGGCAUAUCAGCCAGACGAAAAUCUGCUCCACGUUUGCACCUGUACUAAAUAUGAUCAGCUUGAUAACUUAAUGAAAGCCUAUUUCUCUAUCGAUUCGGUGGGUAUCAAUCCUGUUCUCAAACCGCUUAGAUCAAGGGCAGACGAGCGUGCUUACCACAUAAUGGAGAAAACAGUUUUGUAUGAUGCCAGUGUUAAGAAAUGGGAAACGGGCCUCUUGUGGAAAUAUGACCACAUUGACUUGCCCGACUCCUAUCGAAUGGCAUAUAAUCGUCUCCAAUGUCUGGAAAAGAAGAUGGAAAAGAGCCCCAAUCUGAAGCAAUAUCUUGUUGGGAAGUUAAAUGACUAUCUCGAAAAGGGUUACAUAAGAAAACUAAAUGUCGAGGAAAUAUCGAAAGGAGGCAAAUCUUGGUUUAUUCCAAUAUUCACAAUUGAGAACGUUAACAAAAAUAAAUUGAGAAUCGUGUGGGAUGCAGCAGCUAAGGUGAGUGGCACCAGUCUGAACGACGUAUUAUUGAAAGGACCCGAUCUUCUAAGAUCGUUGGUAGGUGUCCUAUUGAGAUUUCGUGAACGACCAGUGGCCAUCUGUGGAGAUAUUCGUGAAAUGUUUCACCAAAUUAGGGUGAGAGCGGAAGAUCAGGUAGCACAGCAGUUCCUGUGGCGAAACGGCGAUAGUAGCAGACAUCCCGAUGUAUUCGCUAUGACCGUUAUGACGUUUGGGGCAUCGUGUUCCCCAUCUUUGGCAAACUACAUAAAAGAUAAGAACGCUCUACGUUUCCAGAAGACACUACCAAAUGCUGUGGCAACAAUUGUCGAAAAUACGUUUGUGGACGAUUGGUUGCAUAGUAUGGAUGAUGAGGAAGAAAUGAUUCGACUAGCUACUGACGUCCGCUUCAUCCAUUGUGAAGGUGGGUUCGAGAUGCGAAACUGGUUGUCGAAUUCUAAACGAGUUCUGCAAGCGCUCUCAAGUAAGCAUGAACCCGCGAAUAAAUGCUUCAUAGAGCCAGGAUCAGAACUUCAAAAGGUUCUUGGUAUGUGGUGGUUACCAACCAGUGACGAACUAACCUUUGUUCACAGGUUCAAACCGGAUAUCUUCAAUGAAUCCACUUUUCCAACGAAACGACAAAUGCUUCGAGUAAUGAUGACUAUAUUCGACCCUUUGGGUCUGUUGGGGUUUAUUGUAAUUAAAGCAAAGAUGAUAUUACAAGAUGUGUGGCGAUCGGGCGUAACUUGGGAUGAGCCUGUACAUGAUAAAGAACGUUCCGCUUGGUGGCAGUGGCUGCGAAAGCUACGCUGUAUUGAUAAAAUCCGUAUUCCAAGGUGCUACACUUUCGCAAAUCGCAGCAGCGAUAACCAACUUCAUAUCUUCGUUGAUGCUAGCAUAUCAGCAUAUGCUGCUGUGGCCUUUCUUCGUUCAAGUAUGGGCGACAAAGUUCAUUGCUGUCUCGUUGCCUCCAAGACACGAGUUGCUCCGUUGAAGCCACUCUCAGUGCCGAGACUUGAGUUGAUGGCAGCCAUCUUAGGACUUCGUCUAGCUAAGUUCAUAAGAAAGGAACUCUCCAUACAAAUUAACCGCCGGAUCUUCUGGUGCGAUUCGAAGGAUGUCCUAUAUUGGAUUAGGUCUGACGCCAGAAAAUUCAACCAGUUUGUAGCUGUGCGAAUUGGCGAAAUUCUAGAGGAUUCACAAAUCAACGAGUGGCGGUGGGUACCAACGAAGGAUAACGUAGCUGACGAUGGUACAAAAUGGUACAAUAAUAUGGAAUUAAACAGCUCUGGGAGAUGGUUUACGGGCCCUGAAUUCCUAAGUCUAUCAGAAACUCUCUGGCCAACAUCCGAAUUCAAAGAGCCACAAGCCGUAGCAGAAACUAUACAGCACGUAACAAUUGAUUCUUCGAAAGAUAUUGGUGAUACGCAACCAGAUCCUACAAGGUUUAGUAAGUGGGAAAAAUUGCGCGCUGUACAGAUGUGUGUUCUUCGUUUUCGACGUGACGAUUGGCAGAAGGCAUGA